AUGAGGACAGAACCAGUGCAUUGGGCUAGGGCCUUCUUCCCAUAUGGAUCAAACUGUGAGUCAGUGGAUAACAACCUUUGCGAGUCUUUCAACAAUGCCAUCAUAGAAUCAAGGUUUUACCCCAUAAUAUCACAACAAGAGAUGAUAAGGAAGAAGGUGUAUGCCAGAAUUCAGGAACAGAGAAGAAAAAUAAUGAUAGGAGGAGAGAAGAAGGGGAAGCUCCCAAAGGAAAGAAAUUAA